GACUGGCUCCGUCCCGCCUUCCCCCCGCGCGCCUCGCACCAGCCCGUCGCUGGGGACCCUACCACCCGUGUAGUGACAUAAGUGGGCAGUCCGGUCUACUCGCUGUUCAGAUAAAGGCAGAGACACAGCUGAGACCAAUUCCCGGACACCAACUUAGAAGGAAAGGCCUCCGCCUUUGGCCAGGUUCUUCCUCAACAGCUUCACUGAGGUGUCACUGUCGUUCAAUGACUUAAACAGGCGUCACUGCCCAACACCCCCGCGCCGGGAGCUCGCCGGACCCUCACGACGCUCGACCCACGGGCUUCACCACAGCCGGUCGGACCGGGUCUGUGUGGGGCACCGGAAGUAAAACCGGAAGAGGAGAGGACCAGAUUCUGGGUCGGGACCCUCUCCCCCGAAACGCCUUCCCCACUUCCGGUUCCUUCCUGCUCCGCGCGCGGCAGGGGCGGGACUUCCGGCCUGGCUCGUCCCGCGGGGCGCGAAGGUUUGAAUCGCUGUUGUUUGCCUGUGUUUUCCUUCGGGGUCUUCGCUGGCGCUCCCCCUGCUCAGCUACUCAGACCCGGGUCCUCCUGGCCCUGCGGUUGUGAUUGUUUUCCAUCGAGCAGCUUCACAUGUUAAAAUUAAGAACAGUUCCUCGAGAAGCCGUCGUGGGCAGGCGCAGACGCUGCGGUUCGAGCCACUUGGCAAAUCAAAGCGCAAGGGCGGUUGAUGGGCCUCGUUUCCACGACUUUUCAGCUCAGAACUGCUUCUUUGCCUUGGAAGGACAUUACCCAUCGUCAUCCUGAUGGCGGCUGAAGUGCGAAUGGUGCUUUAUGAAGACGAUUCUGUGCAAGUACAGUACGCUGAUGGCUCCAGACUGCAGCUUUCUCCCUGUGGCUCGGAAUUUUUAUUUGAAAAAGCACCUCCUGUUUCAGCACAUCCUUUAGAACAACCAGAAAGAAUUCGUCAGAGGACACACUUUGUUAUUAGCACUUACCGAGAGCAACUACAGAGAGCCCUAGAUUUUCGAAACGCUUUCGCCACUUGCCCUUUUUUAUCUGAAAGCAUUAUACCUCCUGAAAGAAAAAAGCCAAAGAUUCUAUGUAGAGCUUUUCAGGUAGUAAAACAUAAAACUUCAAGAGCAUUCUUACACAAUUGUAGGUACCAGAUGUAUGGAAAAUUUGGUCUGUUAACAGAAAAUACUGACCACCUCUUUUCCCUCCCCUCAACUCAGCGUAUCCUCAUUGACAUCCCAGAAGUGAGAUGGCCCAGUCUUGGUACUGACGGUGGCAUGAUAUGCAUGCAGAGUGGCGCCGUGAAGGUACCAUCUGUAGAUGGUCAUGCAUACCUCUGUCUGCCCAAAUCUCAGCAGGAAUUUACAGUACAUUUUUUGUGUAAAGUGAGCCAGAAGCCAGGCUCAUCUGUAGUAUUGUCAGAAAAAAAUAAUCAGGCCCCAAAAGAACAAGUAGGAAAAGCGGACAGAACCCGUGCGUAUGGAAGUUUACCAGGACAGAGACAGAAGAAUAAAGAAAACGAACUUCACUGUCAGGUCGUGAAACCCAAAGGACCUUCAGAGGAGAAGCCUCGUGGGAACAGAACUGAGGGGGAGGCGGCACUGCCUUUGCCUGGUCCCAAGCACAGCUGUGUCCACGCGUGGGUAGAGCAGCGCUGCUCUGUGGCCUCCUGUCCGGAGGAAUGGAAAUACCCUCUGUCUUUAGCACUUCGCUUUCAUAGUAAAAUCAGCAAUAUGUCUGGAACUGAUGUAACUCUCCCCCAGAGUACAGUGUUAACGUCUGCUGCUGCAGAGGAAAGAGGAAAAGAGAUUUCUGUUCUUCCCAGGGCCCUGCUGCUCAGCUGUCCUGUCCCACACCUGCACAGGUGGACUUUCUGUGAUUCACUUUCACAGGGGCAGUCUGAUGAAGAAGAAUAUUCCUACGCUGAACUAGUGAAAGUGGUCUGGCACAAGGGUAUUACGUACAGACUUACCCAUAAAAAUGUGAACUCAAUAGAGAUUUAUCCUGGAGAUGGAUCUGUUUUCAAAUCAGAAGGAGCUUAUUUUGGGAACUAUUUUACAUACUAUUCCAUUCAAGAAGGAUCAGAAGAGAGGGAAGAGAAAAUGUAUUCAGUAAAUAAUCUUCCUCCAGAGAGACCAGGAAGUCUGUUCUCUGUGUGUUCUCUAAUUAAACAGGCCACCAGGAUUCUUCAGCACUGUGCCAAGACGAGGCUUUCUUUAAGCCAUAACUAUCGUAUAUGCUGCUGGAAAAUGGUACCUGGGAUAAAAGAGAAUAUGGUGCCUUUGCUUUUGAGAGAAUCGUUCAUACCCAGUGUGGGAAGAUUUCUUGCUUAUUCUGAUGACAAAGUACAUGUCAUCUUUAUAGAUGGUGUUACUCUAACCCUAAAUUGGAAUUUUGGCUCUUUUAAUGAAAAAAGACAGAUAAAUCAAGGCCUCAACUUAGGUUGGUGUAAGUUAACUUUUCCUGAUGGACACGAUCAGUUAAUUCAGAUUGAACACCCCGGACCAUAUGAAAGAUAUGUGUCAACAGUAAUAUCCUGGUGCAGAAGACUGACGCAAACUAGUCAGAGAGAGAUGCCCACUUGUUCGGUCCUUGAAGAAAACUGGUGUGUGGCUUCUGAACUUGAAAAGAUACAGAAGUUUAACUUGUUACUGGAGAAUAGUGGUGUCCUAAACCAGAUUUCUAACAAGAAAAAUGAACAAUCUUUUGAUUGUAAACCAAGCUAUUCAGAAAGCUUGCUAGAAGAAGUUAAUGAAAAGAGAGUAUCAGUGGCAUUGAAAAGAACCUCUGCAAUUAUUCAGGAUAUUGAUUGUCUUCUAUCAAGCUCUAAAAAGUGAAAAAUGAAAUUAUUACAAUAUAUUAUUAAAUCUUAAGGAUGUUUCAAAUCACUGGUAUAAAAUUACUAGAAAACAAAAGAAUUGUAUAUAUGACUUCUGUACAAUAAUCUGAGAAGUGACAUUUAACUUUGGAUGUAUUUUACCUAACAUGUAAAUUUAAAAUGUGUAUUUAUAAAAUGCUUUAUUAAUAAAGAACUAUUUUGAAAUUUU